AUGCCGGCGAAGAGGAAACAGAAAGCCAAGGCCAAGCCAGGUGCUGCGGCCACGGCAAAGACCAAGGGGUCCGCAGUCGCGGUCAACGUGAGCGUGCGCCAGACCGCGGCGCGCCCCGCCGCCAGCCCCUCGGCGGCCGCCUUUGCCUACCCUCCCUUGAUGCCUUGGCAGCUGAGCCAGGGCAGCGCGCGCGACGCCGCUGUCGUGUACGUGAAGGAGACCCGGCGGCCGCCGCCAGACUCCCGCAGCGUGGGCGUGGGGCCCGACGCCCCGCCGGACGAGCCCCCCUCCGCGCCGCCCGCUCGGCCGCCCUCCCGGGCGCCCAGCGUCAUGUCCGUGUCCACCGCCCAGCCGGCUCACCGGCCGUCGCAGCCGCCCUCGCCCUCGCCCGCGGCCAGCAUGGCCGACAGCAGCUCGGCCGAUGAUCUGGCAGGUGAGCUGCAGAGGCUGCGCCUGGCGCCCGCGGCGGCGGCGGCCGCCGGGCCCUCCGACGCAGCGUCGCGGGCGCCCCGGGUCGACCGCGGCGGCAUCGUGGAGGAGCCCCCGUCCCAGGCGCAGCUGGGCGAGCCCGCGGCGGCCCGUCACCUGGCCCUGCAGCCGAGGCAGUGGUACCAGCCCCUGCCCGAGCCUCCCGCAGCGGGCGACGCCCAGAUGCGCCAGGCGAGGGACCUGGGCGACCGCCCUGCCGUCGAGGGGGCCGACCAGCGGGCCCAGCAGCGGGCGAGGGUGGGCCCGCCGCCGGACUUUGAGCAGCAGGUGCAAGAGGGCCGCGCGCGGGCUCAGGCCGUAGCCGACAGGCUUGUGGCUGCGCAUCAGCAGGGCCGCGAGCCGCAAGAGUUUGAGCGCCGGGUGCGGGAGGGCCGCGCGCGGGCGCAGGCCGUCGCUGACAGGCUGGUGGCCGAGCAUCAGCAAGGGCGCGAGCCGCCUGCAUUUGAGCAGCAGGUGCAGGAGGGCCGUGCGCGGGCGCAGGCGAUCGCCGACCGGCUCGUGGAGGAGCACGAGCAGGAGCUGGAUUUCCAGGCGUUCAUGGGGGACCGUUGA